AUAAGGAAAGAGAGAAUAGCGAAAGGAAAUAGACUUCUCUUUACAUGCAUUGAAAUUUCAUCCUCUCAAAGAGGAAAGAAAAACAAAAGAAAAUUCAUCGAAACUAUUGUAAUACAUACAGUCGUUUCUCUGUUCUUUCAGGCAAAAAUGGGCGAAAGCGAAGAGGAGAAAAAGAAAGGAGGCGAAGAAAAUAAAGAAGAAGAGAAGAAAGAAGAAAAAAAGGAAGAAGUGCCUGAAGAGAUAGUGCUCAAAGUGGACAUGCAUUGUGAGGGCUGCGCGAAGAAAGUGGAGAAAUCGCUGAGAGGAUUUGAAGGAGUGGAGGAUGUGAAGACAGACUGCAAGGCUCGGAAGGUGGUAGUGAAAGGAAAGACAGCAGACCCUGUAAAGGUGUCUGAGAGGGUCCAGAAGAAGAGCGGCAGGAAAGUAGAGAUAAUUUCACCUUUGCCCAAGCCUCCUGAAGAGGAGAAAAAAGAGGAUGAUAAGGACAAAACGGAAGAGAAAAAGGAAGAGCCCGCCGUGAUAACAGUCAUAUUGAAAAUCCGCAUGCAUUGCGAAGCUUGUGCUCAAGUAUUACAAAAGCGGAUCCGAAAGAUGGAUGGUGUACAGUCGGUUGUAACAGACAUGAACAAUGAUCAAGUCAUCGUGAAAGGCGUGGUGGAUCCCACAAAGCUCCUGGAGAACGUGCACCGUCGGACCAGGAAACAGGCGGCGAUCGUGGAGGAGGAGAAGAAAGGAGAAGAGCAAGAGAAGAAGGAAGAUAAAGGAGAAGGAGAAAACAAAGAUGGAGAAGAGAGCAAGGGAGAAGAUGAUAAGAAGAACAACGCCAAGAAAAGUGAAUAUUGGCCACCCAAAUACUACACGGAGUAUGCUUACCCUCCUCAGAUCUUCAGCGACGAGAACCCACAUGCAUGCUACGUAAUGUAGCAACCCCACAUGGGCCGAUCAGUGAUCUGGACCGUCCAAUGCAUGGACACCACUCUUCAUGUGACACCUUCAAAAAAUCACAUUGAUCAGAUGUUCCGUUCCAUCCAAUCAAAUACCCUACAAAAUGAAUGGAUUAGAUCCUCCACAAGGAAACCAAUAAGGUUCAAUCAUUUACCUGGAUCAUCCAUUCAGUAGCACCCAUCUUGUAUGACGUUUCUCUCUAAGUUGAUGGUUUAGAGAAAAUAAAAUUAAAAGGUCGAUUUUAGGAUGGAUGGUUAGGAAUAUCCAAUCAAUGUGGUCUUUUCAUAAGUUCCCAUGGAGACUGGGCCAGACUUUAUGGACGGUUUAGAUUGGUGAUUUGACCAUAAAUGUGUCUAAAAGGUCUGAUGUGUACUUAAAGUUUGGGUACACUCUAGUGUACCUAAGCAUUCCGCAUACCGUACUACUUGCGCAGUUUUCAUGUAUGGUUGUACACACGUUUACUUC